GCAUGUGUGGGAGAGUGUGUGUUUGUGUGCCCCUAGCUCCAAGUCCAAGUGCUUAUUAUGUCUGAGUGGGGGCCUGUGUGUGUCUGCACAUGUGUCUGUCUGUCUCUGGGAACACGCAGCCUGAACUCGGCUUUCUGGCCUCGGCUUUUCCUCGCCCAUAUCCCUUCUCACCCUGCCUCCCUCUGCUGAAAUAAAGUGAAAGCAAGACGCAGAGCCCUCCCUCCAUGGAGUUCGGCCUGCUCAGCGAGGCAGAGGCCCGGAGCCCUGCCCUGUCGCUGUCAGACGCUGGCACUCCGCACCCCCAGCUCCCAGAGCACGGCUGCAAGGGCCAGGAGCACAGCGACUCAGAAAAGGCCUCGGCUUCGCUGCCCGGCGGCUCCCCAGAGGACGGUUCGCUGAAAAAGAAGCAGCGGCGGCAGCGCACGCACUUCACCAGCCAGCAGCUACAGGAGCUAGAGGCGACCUUCCAGAGGAACCGCUACCCCGACAUGAGCACGCGCGAGGAGAUCGCCGUGUGGACCAACCUCACCGAGGCCCGCGUGCGGGUGUGGUUCAAGAACCGGCGCGCCAAAUGGCGGAAGCGCGAACGCAGCCAGCAGGCCGAGCUAUGCAAAGGCAGCUUCGCGGCGCCGCUCGGGGGGCUGGUGCCGCCCUACGAGGAGGUGUACCCCGGCUACUCGUACGGCAACUGGCCGCCCAAGGCGCUUGCCCCGCCGCUCGCCGCCAAGACCUUUCCAUUCGCCUUCAACUCGGUCAACGUGGGGCCUCUGGCUUCGCAGCCCGUCUUCUCGCCACCCAGCUCCAUCGCCGCCUCCAUGGUGCCCUCCGCCGCGGCUGCCCCGGGCACCGUGCCAGGGCCUGGGGCCCUGCAGGGCCUGGGCGGGGGCCCCCCCGGGCUGGCUCCGGCCGCCGUGUCCUCCGGGGCCGUGUCCUGCCCUUAUGCCUCGGCCGCCGCCGCCGCCGCGGCUGCCGCCUCUUCCCCCUACGUCUAUCGGGACCCGUGUAACUCGAGCCUGGCCAGCCUGCGGCUCAAAGCCAAACAGCACGCCUCCUUCAGCUACCCCGCUGUGCACGGGCCGCCCCCGGCAGCCAACCUUAGCCCGUGCCAGUACGCCGUGGAAAGGCCCGUAUGAGCGGCCCCGCCCGUAGAUCAUCCCCGAGGGCGGGGGCAACGAUUCACAGCCUCCGCGGACUGGGGUCAUUUUGACUGGCUUGCUCCCGCCCCAGGGUCUGAAAGGGGUGUUUGGGCAGCUGGGGGACACCGGCUCAGGAGAGGGCCUUCCCCUCCCAGCCCUGAGGGGUGGACUAGGCCCUACACACAGACCGCGCCCCUGGGACUAAAGCCAGGAACAGGGACCAGCUCCCCGGGGGCCAACUCACCCUUGGCCCAUCCCGCCUUCUCCAGGCUUCCCCUCCCUCGUUUUCAAAGAUAAAUGAAAUAAACGUGCGCGGACUGUCGAAGGCGUGAUGAUUCAG